UAAUUUUAAAAAAAUGGUGGAAAGAUAAUGUGCAUCCGUUUCAAACCACACGAUUUUGCGACCUUAUUUUGGACCCCCGGUGGCGGUAGCGGUGGCCGGCGAUUGAUAGUGGCGUUGGAGUAUAACAUGGGUGAUGCAAAGUUUGUGAUUGUCAUGAAGGGUGUGAGGAAAAGUGACUUGUAUUCCUUGGAGGGUACUAUAGUUACUGGUUCUGUGCUUGUUGUUGUUUAGAAAUAAUUGUUGAGAAUUGAGUUAUGACACAAAAGGUUAGUUCAUAUGGUGAAAGAGGUUUGGUUGAAUUACAAAAACAGGCGUUAUUUGCUGAUAAAACACUUGACAAAUUGAAGUUUUGUCAUUACCACGUUUGUGGUAAAGCCUAUAAGGUCAAAUUCAAUACAACACAACAAAGAACAAAAGAGACUUUGGAUUAUGUUCGUGAUGAUCUCUUAGUACCAUCAAGAACUCUGUCACAGUCUUGGACAAGGUAUUUCCUUUAGAGUAAUGGUUGCUCAAAGAAAUUAUGAAUCUAUUUUUAGAAGACCAAGGAUAAAGGUUUUGAGAAUUUCAAGAUGUGGGUGCAUCUAAUGGAGAAUGAGACAGGGAGAAGUGUAAAGAGAUUUAGAACGAAUAAUAAUAGUCUUGAGUUAUGUUUAGAGUUAUUCAAUAACUUCUGUAAAUAGAAUGGUAUAACAUGAAAGAACUAUGGUUGGAACUGCUCAACAAAAUGCCCUAAUAGACAGAUUGGAUAGGACCAUUUUAAAGAGUGAGAUGUAUGUUGCAUAGUGCAGAGUUCCAAAUAUCUUUUGGGUUGAAGCAAUUUCCAUUGUUGCCUAUUUGAUCAAUAGAUGUCCAUCAGCUACUCUGGAGAGAAAGACUACUGUGAAAUCUGGUUAGGAUAUCAUGAAGGGGUGAGGGCAUACAACUCAUGGUGUCUUGAACUGAGAUUCAAGAGGUGUAUUAUCAACUAUCAUGUUAUUUUCAAUGAGAUUGUGAUGGCUUAUAAAUCAAAGGCUUUUGAGUUUGUUGAGAGUCGAGAUGCCAAGAUAAAGAAAUCUAACUUUGAUUGAGGUAGUGCCAAGAGUUUUCUCUGAUUUUCUUUUGACAGACCAUGAUGAGUUGGGAGAAGAUCUUACUAAAGAGCACCGAGUUGAUGAUGGUUAAAGUGUAGCACAAGGAAGGACCGGGAGAGUCAUCAAACCACCAGAAAGAGGAUUGGUAAGCCGUGAGAACAUGUUGUUGAGAAGCAUAGUCCGUGAACUCAAGGAGAUGAGAGAUGGAAUAGGAAGCACAUCUAAGCGGGGUGCAGAAAGCAAGCUACGGCUCAGUCGAACAAAGUCACAUAUUGCUCCAGAUGUUCUUGCAACUACAUUUGAAUUUAUUCAACAGGGACAAUGGGCAAAUCUUCCACAAGAAUUACUUUUUGACAUAAUCCAAAGGGUUGAAGAGAGUGAAACAUCUUGGCCUGACCGAGCUGUUGUUGUCUUCUGUGCUUCUGUAUGUAAAUCUUGGAGGUCGAUUACAAAAGAGAUUGUCAAGACUCCGGAACAAUGUGGAAGGAUCACAUUUCCUAUUUCAUUGAAGCAGCCUGGUCCGCGUGAUUCUCCAAUACAGUGCUUUAUAAGGAGGAACAAAGAAAGUUCUACAUAUCUGUUGUACUUUGGUCUGGUACCAUCAGAGAAUGACAAUAACAAGUUAUUAUUAGCGGCCAAAAGGAUAAGAAGGGCAACAGGCACUGAUUUUGUCAUAUCCUUGGCCACAGAUGAUUUUUCCCGAGCCAGCAAUAAAUAUGUUGGUAAACUGAGGUCUAAUUUUUUGGGUACCAAGUUCACCAUACAUGACAGUCAACCUCCCCAUGAUGCUGCAAUUCAACCCAAUUGUCAAUCUAGUAGGAGAUUUCAUUCUAAGCAGGUCUCACCAAGAGUUCCAGCUUGUAGCUACCUUGUUAGCACAGUUUCCUACGAGCUGAACGUCCUUUGCACUAGAGGGCCAAGAAGAAUGCAUUGUGUCAUGAACUCUAUACCCGUCUCAGCAAUUCAGGAAGGGGGCAACGCCCCAACUCCAACUUCUUUCCCUCAAAUAUUUGAUGAAUCUUUUUCUCCAUCACCAGCACCGAAAGAAAAAGUUCCAGUCCCCGAUUUAAACUCUGCAAGCUUAUCAGAGCCACUAAUAUCGAGCCAAGUUUCAACUGAGCAAUUAGAACUGAAAAACAAGGCUCCACGAUGGCAUGAGCAGCUACAGUGCUGGUGCCUAAACUUCAAGGGUCGUGUGUCUGUGGCUUCUGUUAAGAACUUUCAGCUUGUAGCUGCUGUUGAUCCAUCUCAUAACAUUUCUGCUGAGGAGCAAGACAAGGUAAUCCUGCAGUUUGGAAAGAUUGGAAAAGACAUAUUCACCAUGGAUUACCGUUAUCCGCUCUCUACCUUCCAAGCCUUUGCCAUAUGCUUGAGUAGCUUUGACACAAAACCUGCCUGUGAAUGAGAUUCAUGACCACAACUUGAGCAUCAUCUGCUGAGUUGUUGAUUGUCAAUCAUGGUGACGUGCAGCUGAAAAUUUAGCUGUUCAGCCAGUGGUAACCUUCCCUUGAAUCGGUUGUUGAUUCUGGAAUUUGUUCUAUUUGUUAUCUCCUGGUCGCCUUAAAUGAAAUUGUAUGAAGUUUAAUGAUUUGUGUAAUAUAUGUUCGGGGUAUUCCUCCCUUACAAAUGUUUUUGAUUUGUUUAAAGAGUUUAAUGGCAAUGCCUUAUUAAUAUAAAAACACCAUCAA